AUGACUGGGAAGGACAAACCUGACAAACGCCUACCACCGAGACUGUUCGCGACAGACCAGUUUCCCACCGGGCGUCUCAACAUCUAUUCCAAGCCAGACAUCCUACCUUUAAUACAACAUGUUUUGAAGGGUACGAAAGAGCUCCAGUACAUCAAAGACUCUUGUUUCGGGAAACUGUUCGAGCUCCCUGCACGUCAAUGCCCGGUCUCUUGCAAACUGAUUCAUGCCUUCCUCACCAGACAGCUUAUCACCGAGGAUAGUCAUACUCUCUGGACAGUAUUCGGUUCCGAUGCAAUCAGUUUUGGGCUUCCAGAGUUUGGCACAAUCACAGGCUUACCAUGUGGAGAGUUCCCUGAAGGAUAUGUCACCGACUAUGAAGAUCAGAGCAAAGCAAACAAAGAUCCUGACUGGCUCAAACUGAUCGGAAAGAAGAAAUUUACUACCAUAGCUGAGUUGCGCCACAGGUUCGAGACAGACACGGGGAUGCCAGGGUGGAAGAAGCUGCAACUAGCUCUAAUACUAAUUGUCGAUGGUGUUCUAAUCGCUCAUCAGCAGAAGACACGGCCUACGCUCAAGUACGUCAAAAUGGUCCGAGAUGUCGAUGCUUUCUGCAAGCACCCUUGGGGCAGGGAGUCUUUUCUGAAGACUAUCAGUUGCAUGAAACCACCCUCUGGUUUUGCAGACCCAGUCAAAGAGCUUGUCCGUCUUUUGCGUCAGGAAACUUUCAGACUUAAGGGAUUCCCUCUAGCCUUACAGCUGCUUGCAUUUCAGGCCGUUCCACAACUCCAGACCAUAAUCCCAGCCCCUGUGGACACGCUUUCAAUCAGUCAGCUCAAAGAACCUCAUCUUCCCCUCCAUGCUAACAUCAACUAUGUCGACGUACUACGUGUGGAGGCCGAAGAAAACCUUGCUGUGACAUCACUGAUACCAAUACAGAGUCAAGCGCAGCCUGGUUGGGGAGUGUGGUCCGCAAUCGUUGAUGAUGUCCGUGUAACGUACAUGGAGGAUCUCAUUGCCAAACAUCACCCAUUCAAGAAGCAUCUUUGGCCUGGUGGAAAGAAGCUUCCCAAACUUGUUUAUCAACCCCCUGAGGAGGAACCAGAGUCGAAGAGGAAUCAUAUAAAACCCAGGAGGACAUUAAAGAAACCACAGUCGUCACGUAAGCAGAGAAGGAUCAGCAACUACUUCAAAAGGACUGUUCCAGCAAGUAGCACAAACGAACAGACUCAACUCUGA